CAAAUAUCGAAUAUACUGCAGAAAAUUUCGUUCGAUGAAAAAGUGUUUUUAUGAAUCUGUGAAAGAAAAUUAAUAAAACUCAUAUUUUAUUCUACCCUAUUAAUGCAAAUAGAAUAAUAAAACUAUAUAUUUUAAUUUGUGAAUAACCCUAGAUCAGAAGAAAUACUUUUUAAAUAAGAAAUAAGUUUUGUUAAAUAUUUUCUCCUCUGGAGAAUACUUAUCUUUCUCCCAGUUGAUCUCUUUAAACUUAUCCAGCGUCCAGCGACCGAACAACCACAUCGUCGGCGGGACUCAAAAAACUUCAACUCUAUUCGUGUUUAAUGUUAUUUGCAAAUAAAAUAUAAAAUAACACAAAAUGAGCGUUAUUAUUCGAUUGCAAAACUUGCCAUGGUCGGCAAAUGCCUUGGACAUUCGAGGUUUCUUCAGAGGACUAGCUAUACCCGACGGUGGAGUUCAUAUUGUCGGUGGUGAAAAUGGAGACGCGUUUAUUGCUUUCAGCACUGAUGAAGACGCUCGUCAAGCAAUGAUGCAUGAUCGUGGUAAAAUCAACGAGGUUCAGAUAAGGUUGCUUUUAUCGUCACGUGCUGAAAUGCAAAAAGUUAUCGAAACAGCGCGACAACAAUCUUUAGCAUUACAAUUACAAAUGACAGGUUCUAAACCUGCUGCCAUUAUACCACAAACUAAUCAGCAAUCAUUACCAACUCCCCAGCCUCCGGUUAUAACAACAAACUCACUUCAUACUAUCCUCUCAAAUCAGGCCCAUCUGCAAGUCAAUAACUUCAACCCGGUUCAAGCGUACACUUCUGUUUCUCAACAGCAAAAAAGUAGCUAUGCUGGAAGUGCUGAUGUUAAUAGAACAAGUCGCGAAACAUCACGUGAUCGGCGUCGUUCUGAUUCUAAAGAACGUCGUCGAUCUCGUUCCAAUGAUCGUUCAGGCAAUCGUCGUCGACGCGAUCGAAGCCGAACUCGCAGCCGUGACCGAAAACUUCGUAGAGGAGGAUCAAGGCGAUCAAGAAGUCGCGAUCGAAGUCACGAACGUAGUCGUGAUCGAAGCAGGGAUAGGUCAAACAGGGACCGGGAUCGCAAUGGUAAUCGAGGAUCCCGCAAAGAUAGCCGAGAUGUUGAUAGUGGAUUUUAUAGCCACGAUCGGAGUGUUGAUAGAAAAAAAUCUCCAGAAAAAUCUUUGGAGCCCCCAAAGAUCUUACCACCUACUCCUAUGUGGAACAUCUUACCAACAAACGCCUACACAACUACCAGUUUUGCUGCAAACUAUACAGCUCAAGCCUUGCAAAGUGCUGCAGCUGCAGGUGUUAUGGAUCCAGAAAUUAAUUCCGCUUUUAACAGUCCAAACCAAUCUGCGGUAAAAAUGGGCUUUAAUUCUCCAAGUGACAGUAAUGCUUCGGCUGGCAAUAAGUCUGCAGCACUUAAACCUGCUCAAGAUGUAUCAGCGUUAUCAUUUUUAAAUAUCAAUCAACUUGAGAACCGACCAACUUUUGCCUUUCAAAAUCCAUACACACAGGCUUCAAAUUCACAAACAUCUAAUAAUCAAAAUGAUUCAUCACAAUCUUCAAUGAUGAAGGAUCAGAGCAGUAGCAGAUUCCAACAAUCAAAUCAAUACAACAAAGAUGGUGGCUCAAAUAAUCAAGAAGGUUGGCAAGAUGCUUUUGGAAGAAAUAUUCCAAAAGGUGACACCGGUAAUAAGAGAUUCGAAUUCCAGAGAAAGAAUGAGAACAGAAAAGACAUCGAAGAAGAAAACAGCUGUGUAAAAAUAUCCAAUAUGUGUCCAAGUACAAGCUACAGUGAUAUUAGAAGAUUCUUCUCUGGACUUUAUAUCCCAAAUAAUGGAAUCAAAAUGAUCAACGAUCCGCAUGGUUUGCGUGUGGGAACGGCCUUUAUACGAUUUGUACGGGCAUUAAAUGUUCCCAAGGCCCUAGUUCGCGAUGGUACAACGUUUAAAAAUAAGAAGAUCUCUUUAGAAGCUGUUAGCGAUGCAGAGUUUGCCGAAGCAGUCGAUUCAUUUAAACCUGCAAGGAAUAUGCGUUAUAAUGACAACAAUAAUAGGGGUAACUACGAUCAUCCAAGGUACAAUGAUAACAAAAGAGAAGAAAGAGAUAGCUCUUCGUAUAGAGAUGAUAAACCCCGCAGCAGAGGUUCUGAUAAACCAUUCUCUAUAUUGUAUGUUAAAGACAUCCCACCUUACUCUACCCAGCAAGAUGUGAUGAAGAUGUUUUCAUCUUACACAAUUUUGGAUAUUCUUUUGACCCAUAAACCGGACAACCGCCGGGAAAUCAUAGCUUAUGUCAAAUUCCACAGAGUUGAAGAUGCCCAAGCAGCUUAUGAAGAACACUCAAACCAUAGAAUCAAUCAGAGACCGGUUCGAAUUCACAUUGCUACUGAAGAAGAAUACGAAGAUGCUAAGGAACAGAUGCGUAUAGAAAAUGAGAGACAAUUGAAAGAACAAAAAGAACAAGAGGAAAUUGAAAAUCGUAAAAGAGCCGAAGCUGAGGCUGAAGCUCUAGCUAAAGCUGACAAUCCUACAGAAGAGAAUGGCGAUGAAGAAGAAAACCCAGAAGAAGGAGAAAAGGAAGAUCAAGCCGAUCAGAAUGAUGCAAUCGCAGUUGACAGUGAUGACAGAAAUCGUGAUUCAACACAAUAUAAUGACGACGAAACAAAUGCCGACUAUGAACAAAUGGAAGAUGAUGAGGAGUUUAACAACGAGGACGGUGAAAAUUAUUUCAAUGAUGAGUCAUCGCAACAGGGAGAAUCGAAAAAUUCGAAUCCAUCAAAUCCUUUUAAUGGCAUUCCAAGUUUGCUAGACAUGCCAUCACCAAAUAAAAAUGAGCCAGAAAAAAAUUCAGAUCCACGUCUUCGACAGGGUCGUCCAUCACGGUUCGAUACUCCAAAAAUUAAUCCCGAACAAAUGGCUCCACAGCUUAACAAUUUUAUUUUGAUUAAAAACUGCGAAUACAAGACUUCUAUUCAAAUGGUUGGCGAAUACUUUAUGUCGCAUAAUUUUAUGCCAAAUCAUAUAGAAAUGCUUAGAAACCAUCGAAAUCAGCCUUGUGGUGAAUUUAUUCUGGAACUGCGAAACGGUCAAGAAGCUGAACAAGCAUUGUGUCUCAAUAAUAACCGAUUUAACAGUCGAGCUCUUCGUGUAUCUUUGAUAAGCCCCCAACAAAUUGCCGAUAGACUGAAUAAGCCUUUUAUGAAUUUCUUCCCGUCAAAUGGUAAUUUCCAACAGCAGCCAAAUAAUAUGAUGAUGAUGAUGCAAAACCAAGGUCCAAGAAAUAAUAAUUUCAACAACAUGGGUGGGGGAAAUUACAAUAACAACCGUAAUGGAAUGGAUAGGAGCAAUAUGUUUUCACCUGACAACCAAGGUGGUGGGAAUCAUCAUCAAUUCCGUGGUGGUAACAACAACAUGAUGGGACCACGUAAUUUCAACGGGCCACCGAAUAAUAUGAACAACAUGCAAAACAAUAGAAAAAACAACCCUUUCAAUAAAAACCAACCGAAUGCCAACGUGUUUGAGGAUUCAAAUCAAUCAAAUAAUGAGGUUAUAGACCUUGAUGCUGAUACUGGUGAUGCAGAAGAUGUAGAAGGCGAGGAAGAUGAUAAUGAUAAUGGUGGUGGCGUUGGCAGUGAUGGUAUACCAGAAAAAUUCACACGUCCCGGUUGCGUUGUGGAAAUGGAAAAUGUACCCUAUCGAUCUGAUUUGAAGGAUAUUAUUGAAUUUUUCGAUGGUUUUAAAGUGAAAGCUGAAGACAUCAUACGCCGUUAUAAUGACGAUGGAUCGCCAACCGGUGAUGCUCGGGUGGCUUUUAACACACCGGAAGAGGCCAAAAUGGCAUUUGAAACGAAACGUCAAAAAAGUAUAUUGAAUAGAACGAUUUUCUUAAAUCUCUUGUAAAUUAAGUUAGAUACUAUAUCCGGAACCUAAAUGACAUUUUGUAAAUAACAGGGCUUAGUAUCUAAGUUUAAUUUAAUAAGAUUUUUUGUUUUUUUUUUUCAAAAAUUGAGAAUUAAGUUAGAUAUUUAAAAAAUACCUAAUGAGUAGGUAUUUAUUUGGAAACACUUUAAAAUAGAAAUCGGGUUUGGCACGAUCAAUAUAUUAAUGUCUUUUAAAAUUUCUUUAAAAUAAAUAAAAUAUGAAGAACAACAUCAUUAUAAAACAAUAA